AUGUGUGAAAGUGACAUCAUGAAAAACAAUAAAAAGAUGUAUCCUUUAGGAAAAUAUCUCCUUUUAAAUUGUAAAUAUUUCUCCGGACAGCCUUUGAUACAAUGAUUUGUGUAGCCUGGAGGCAAUCACACUCAUUUCAUGCAUAAAACAUAUUAAAAACCACAUAUAAUAAAAACGAGCCUCUUGAUGGUUGUUGGGUUCAUCCUUCAUAUCGUGCCUGGAUUGAAGUGGAUCCAAAUAUGGCGUCCGUGUUUCUAAUGAAACCCCCUAAAAAAAAAAAAAAAAAAAAAAAGGCACCCAGUCAACCCUCAGAUGUGGGCCCUCUCCUCUCCUCCGACACCCAGGGGUCCUCGUUCCCUCCCUUCCUCCCUCCCUACCUCCCUCCUUCCUACCUAGGCCUACCUCGGAGCGGCGGAUUGCGUCACGUGUUUUUCUCCCGUACAAAUCUUCCAGUAGGGGAGCGAAUAGGAGCACACUCAUAUCAGCGAUUAUCAGCGACAGUAACUAUCUCCAGAUAUACCAGGCAGGAAGAGAAAACACCGCAGUCCUCCUGGACCCCAAAAAACAACUUUGGUUUCACUCAUCUCCAAUCAGUGCGCGCAACUUUUACGCAUCAAAACAAGAGAUAUUUGGAGACGCUCCUCUGAGCUCCGUCGCUCGUCUCUAUCUGUUUUGGAGUGACACAGUUUGCACUCUCUACUACUGAGUUUUGGACGUCCAGAGGAACCGGACUGCUUUAUCACCCGACCGUCCUUAUCUGGUGGACAAGAAUCUCCACAAGAGUCUCAUGAAGCUAUUAAGUUCAUAAAGGCACGUACAGAUUCUUCUGAGGAAGGGUGGAAAGUCUCUCCUCCACAGGACUGGGACCAGCCUGAGAAAUCAUCCCUAUAUAUUAUAUAUUUCCUAUAUCCUCCACAACAGUUGUGAAGAUGUAUCAGAGCCUCGCCUUGUCCUCCAACCUCCAACAGUCUCAUUACGCGCAUGACACCGGGAAUUACAUGCACCCCACCUCGGCCAGCUCUCCGGUCUACGUCCCGACCACCAGAGUCCCAUCCAUGCUGCCCACUCUGCCCUACCUGCAGACCUGCGACUCGACCCACCAGUCUCACGGCCUCGGCGGGCACCACGGCUGGCCUCAGAGCGGCACUGACGGCUCCUCCUUCACGCCCAGCAGCCCUCACCCUCACCACGGCUUCUCGUACUCGCACAGCCCGCCGGUCAGCAGCAACACUGGCCGGGAGGCGACCUACCAGAGCCCGCUGGUGCUCGGAAACGGCGGCUCUCGGGUGGAUCAGUACGGAGGCGCGCUGGUGCGCUCCGUCGGAGUCGGAGGAUCCUACUCCAGCCCUUACGCCUACAUGAGCCCGGAGAUGGCGACGUCCUCCUGGACGCCGGGACCCUUCGAGAGCGGGGUGAUCAGCCUGCAGGGACGACAUGGAGGACUGUCUGGGAGAAGGUCCAGUCUUGACCUGAUAGAGGACAUGGCCAUGGAGGGCAGAGAGUGUGUAAACUGCGGCUCGGUGUCCACGCCGCUGUGGCGCAGAGACGGAACCGGACACUACCUGUGCAACGCCUGCGGCCUCUACCACAAGAUGAACGGCAUCAACAGGCCGCUCAUCAAACCACAGAAACGGCUGCAGACCACAUCUCGCCGGGCCGGCCUUUGCUGCACUAACUGCCACACCAGCACCACCACGCUGUGGAGACGCAAUGCUGAGGGAGAGCCUGUGUGUAACGCCUGUGGCCUCUACAUGAAGCUGCACGGGGUGGCAAGACCUCUGGCCAUGAAGAAAGAGAGCAUUCAGACCAGGAAGCGCAAACCCAAGAUGCCCAAGAAUAAAUCGUCCACAGGAUCCACCACCUCUGACACCAGCUCCCCAACCUCCCUGUCAGUCUCAGAACAUGCCUCAACCAUUAAAAGCGAACCCAACAUGACCCCUUCACCCUACGCUGGCCAGACGGUCACAGUUGCCACUCAGGUGGCUUCUCAUUUAGACAGCACAGGAUCAGGACAUGUGGACAUUAAAUAUGAGGAUUAUCCCUUUACCCCGACCUCCAUGGCCCCACAGAACUCCUGGUGCGCUCUGUCUCAAGCGUGAGCAACCGCGACCGACGUGACCGCCGUACUGACAUCACACAGCAGCUCUCCAUCCUGCAACUCUUCCUCCCACCCUGGAGCUGUGGAGUAACUGUGUUGUAUAAACAUUAAAAUGGGGUUCAUGCUGAUGGCU